AUGUAAGAAAUAUAGAAGUUGUUAGAUGUAUUUAUUUAUUAUUGUAUAAAUUUAGUCAUCCUUUGAUCAAAUCAAUAAUUUCAUAGAUUAAGAAUUAAAUAUAGAUGAUACUCCAAUAUCUAAGAUGAGCAAUACUUAAUCAGAAUUUAAAUUACCAAAAGUUGAUUAAUUGAAUAUAAUUGGCUAAGCAGAGUUUAUAUCAAAAAUUAUUAAAGAAGUGAAACCAUUGAUUAAAUCUAAAAUGAAAGAUGAAGUUCAAAUUAAAAACUAAUCACAACAUUAAUAAUAAUCAUUAAUAAACUAAUAAUAAUCAUAGUAAUAAUUCAAAUAACAAAAUUAAAUUGAAUCUCCAUCUUAAUUCAAUCUUAAACCAUUUACUUAUCAGAUAAUUUAACAGAAUUCUAUUAAAUAAGAUAAAUAAUGUUAUGCAGUUGCUUUUAAUAAAAAUAGUUCAAUUGUAGCAACUGGAUGUGAUAAUUAAAUUAAAAUAUAUGAAUUUAAAUAAGGAAUUUUGAAAUUAAAUCAAAUCUUAAAUCAACAUAAAACUGAUGUACAUAUAUUAAAGUUCAUGAAAUAAUCAAAUUAGUUGAUUUCUGGAGAUUAAGGAUCUAUUUUGAUUUGGUCAUAUAAUAAUAAUUCAUGGAUUUGCUCAUAAACUAUUCAAGCACAUAAUAAUUGGAUUAGAUGCUUAAUUAUGAAUAAUAAUGAAGAUCUGUUUAUAUCAAGUAGUGAUGAUUAUUUAAUAAAGUUUUGGGUUAAGUAAAAUGAUGGCUGGAUCAGUUAAUAAACAAUUACAGAUCAUAGUAACAGUGUUUAUCAAUUAAGUUUAAAUGAAUAGCAAAAUCAAAUUAUAUCUUGUGGACGUGAUAGUUAAAUAUUAAUAAUUGAGUAAAUAGAACUUAAUAAAAAUUGGAUUGUAAAAUAAAAAAUAAAAGUUGAUUGUUAUGGAUAUCGAUUAUGCUUUAUCAACGAUAAUCUAUUCACAUUUCAACCUUAUCAAGGCAAUUUGAUGUAUGUCUAUGAAAUGAAUAGAGUAAGUAAAUAGUUUACUAAAUUAAAAGAUAUUACUCUUAAUCAAAGUAAUUCUGAUGAUUAUGGUGGAUUAUUUCCAUAAUAAUUUAUUAAAUAAAAAUAAUUACUUGUGAAUAAGCAUUAUUAAAAUAUAAAUUUAAUAAGAUUUACAUAAAAUGUUAAAUUUAAAGUUGAAUAAUCUAUUCAGUUUGAUACAUAUUCAAUUUAUGGAUAAUUGAGUGAUGAUGCAGAAUAUUUGAUUACUUGGGAUAAAUAAUCAAAAGAAAUAUAAAUAAGGAGAUUCACAGAAAAAUGA